AUGGAAGUUGAUAGUGUUACAGAUGUUCUGAACGCAACAUCGAACGGUGACAAAGAUCCAUACAAAUCAGAAGGUCAGAUUACACUCAAACUUGAAAAAUUAAGUGAGUUUGCUCAUGAAGGGCCAAAGAGUCGACUGAGCGAUCCAGUUUAUAUUCGUGGAUUGCCUUGGAAAAUUUUGGCUAUACCACAAGAAAUGUUUUCUCAUCCUGCUGAAGGCCGCCAACAAACAUGUCUUGGUUACUUUCUACAGUGUAAUCAUGGGGAUGCAGAUCCUUCUUGGAGUUGUUCUGCUAAAGCUACUCUUAAAAUUCUUACACAAAAACCAGGGAAAGAAAAUUAUGUUCGUAAAUUAACCCAUGUAUUCAGUGCAAAAGAGCUCAAUUGGGGUUUCCCACAGUUUAUGACUUUUGAAGAAAUUAUGAACCCUGAAGAAGGCUGGUAUGAUGAGAAGGUGGAUACUAUCGUUCUUUUUGUUGAUAUAAAAGCAGACCCACCACAUGGAGUUAAGUAA